CAAUGCGAAGGAAGCCGGAAAUGCGGAAAGACAAGUCAGCUGACUGCCUGGACGCAUUGCUCUUCACGUACAUCAACAUACUAUCAAAAUACUUCGUGUUUUUUUCUUAUUAUUAUUAAAACCGUUUUUAUUCUUUGGUGAGGUCGACAGCGAUGUUGCGACCCAAAGCUCUGACGCAGGUCCUCAGCCAAGCGAACACAAACGGAGUCCAGAGCACUCUCUUGCUGAAUAAUGAAGGUUCCCUCCUGGCUUACUCUGGUUAUGGAGAUACCGAUGCACGCGUAACAGCUGCCAUCGCCAGCAACAUCUGGGCAGCUUACGACAAGAAUGGCCACCAAGCCUUCAACGAAGACAAGCUUACCUUCAUCCUCAUGGACUGUAUGGAGGGAAGAGUGGCCAUCACUCGUGUAGCCAACCUGCUGCUGUGCAUAUAUGCCAAAGAGACUGUGGGAUUCGGGAUGCUGAAAGCCAAGGCAGAGGCUCUGGUUCAGUAUCUGGAGGAACCGUUGACUCAAGUGGCCGCAUCGUAGUGAAGAUCCGACCAACGCUUCUGUUGGUCUGAACUGAAGAAGAAAUCAGCUGUUCAGGUCAUCGGUGGACUGCUGUAACCCUCCUGUCCAACACUAAGUGUACAAAGGGCCAUGUCUCUAAAUGGAGGGGUGUGUGUGUGUGUGUGUGUGUGUGUGUGUGUGUGUGUGUGUGUGUGUGUGUGUGUGUACAGCUGAAAUGUGAUUCCAUUUUCAGUUUUCACUUGGAAUCGGUCCAUUCGGUCAUAGUUUUGUUGUUCAAUGUGAAACUGAACAUUUUUCAGGAGUCACAGAUGUACAUCAUGAUAAAAACGUGUGUGGAGAUUUUAUAUGAAUCUUUCUGAAAAAUGCAGUUGAGAUUGUUAUUUACUUGUGUUUUAUGUCAAGGUUGUUUGAUAAAUGAGAGAUACUG